AUGUCGCGGAACCCCCUAUACCCCCCUAGCCCCAACACUUUAACCUAUACAUCUGAAUGUGCGCCGGGCGAUUGUCGAGCGGUGAGGUUGCGCCGCACUCCGAGGCGGCCCAACCUCUGCUCUGGACACACAGCAGUCUCUGCCGUUCGAACUGCUGCGGACAUGACGCAUGCAUCAGCAGACCCUACGAAAGACAGCGUGGCCUGUCCACUACCUGAGGAGGCACCAGUGCUCUCGUCGCGAUAGUCCUCGUCGCGGUCUUGGUCGUCAUCGACUUCCAUGGUAGAGAGGCGGGUGCUGUCAUCGGGGGUUGGUGGAUCGGCAGCUGACGCAGAGCACUCACGGCGCUGGAAUUUGCCGCCGCUUCCCCUUUGAGGUGUGCGGCGGCGCUUAUUCCGCCGACCCAUGACGAAUUUGGGUGCUGAGCACCGUUGCAGAGCGUGUGGGGGUGGGUUGCGCCUUGCGCACAAGCUGGGUGGGGCUCGCGUAGCCACGGGGGAAAACUCCUCCCCGCUUGCUGGGCGGCCAAACAAAAAUACAAAUAUCUCGCGAACGGGAGUUUUUUUCGACAAUCGAAAAAAAACUCACCUGGGGAUUUUCGAGAGGAAUCGACUGCCGCGGUCUAUUUUAAAAUCUUACGGUUGAAUAUCGCAGGAAAAACCAAGCCGAAUGGGACCCCAGAUCUAGUUUUUCGUCCAUAAAUAACUUAUUUUUUUUUCCCUCAAAUCGAAAUCAGAAAAAAAACCCACCUGGGGAUUUUCGAGAGCUAGCUAUCGAAAUCCGAUCUCAGAAUUGUGCUCUGAGAAUAACACACCCCAGGAAAAACCAAGCCAAUAAUUCGGGAUAUUUGGAAAUAACGAAGAAGCGGAACAAAAAAUGAAAAUUGCUUUCCGUAGAUCGAUGCGCCUGGAAACAGGGCGUUUGCCGGUACUUUGGGAUUUCGGAACAACCACCUGUGUGCAGAGAAAAGUGCACCUAAAUGCAGGACUGAACUUCGGACAAAUUGUGUUGGAUGGACCAUACGUGUCCAGUUGGCAAUUUGGUGCGAUUGUGCGCGGUUUUUCGACGUUGGCAUGCUUGGUACUCCUGACACCAAGUGCGAACGUCACGACUCAUGUUCGGCCACCAAUAUUUCUGGCGGAUCUUGUCAUAAGUCGGUCUGGAUGCUAGGUGACCUCCGGACAAAACGUGAUCAUGGUAACCGUGCAAAACUAAGCCCGUGAGAGCUUGCGGCAAUACUAAUUGAUCAGUGAAAGUACUCCGUUUCCUGAGGUGCUUCCGUGAGCAGUCGUUUGACUGUCANGGCGUCAAGACGCCGAAAACAGGCGAACAAGAUCGACCUCGGACCAGUCAACGCCAAUGAUAUGGGGAUGGAGUUUGAGUGUAGACGCAUCGUAGAACGCGUUUUCGUUUGAAGUUGGCGUCUUGUUUGAGAGUAGAUGUGACAGAUUUGCGUAGAAUAGGGUAAGAUGUUAUCAUGAACGGAGAUGAAAGGGCUUUUCCAACACGGAGAUGUAGCAUGGAUCAAAGCAUUUGUUGGAUUCCAGCUUUUACAAGCGGACAUCAACGCAGUAGUAUUUUAGGAAGCUUACGAACGCAUAUUAAUAUAGGAUACCAUCAGGAUU